CUUUUUCGUCAAGAGGUAAUUGAUGGACUCGAAUUCUCAUCAAUAUCAACAACAACAACAGCAACAUCAACAACAACAAUCGCAUCAUGCGUAUCAAACUAAUCAUCAAAUGUCUCAACAACCAUCAAGACCACCAAGUGUUGAUUCGGUAAAUCUUGGUAGUAUUUAUAGUGGUUUUUAUCCACAAGCAUCAAGUGCUGGUCCUAGUUCAUUAACAACAAACAUUCCGCCAACAGUACAAAAUUCAUAUCAAUUUUCUGGACAAUAUCCACAAUCAUUACAUCAAAAUCAACAGCAACAUCAAGGAUAUCAAAACUAUCCGAUUAAUUCUAAUAAUGAACCUGCAUCAUGGUCAUUACAUGGGCAAACAAAUUAUCAACAUUCAACCUCACAACAACCGACAAGUUUACCACCAAAUCUUAGCUAUCAUUAUCAAAUAUCAGCAUCUGCUGCUGCGGCUGCUGCAUUUGGAUUUAAUUAUCAACAACAACAACAACAACAACAACAGCAUCCAAAUCAAAAUGUUGGAAUGUUAGUUUCACCAACAUCAUCUAAUCAUCAUAAUAUUAAUGCUGUCCCAUUAACAUCAGCAGUUCAAUGGCCGGUAACAAAUCCAAUACAAUCGCAAUCAUCAUUUAUACCUGCAAUGACAAAUCAAAUUUUAUCACCAUCACAUCAUCCACAGCAACACCAACCAUUUACAUCGAUGGCUGCUGCUGCUGCUGGAAUAACCAAUCCGAAUGAAUAUGUUAGCCAAUAUUAUUCACAAUAUUAUCGUGAAUAUUAUCAAAGGCUUGUUGCAUUUCAUAAACAUCAACAACAGAUACAGAAUCAGAAAAAGAUUGCACCAUUAAAAUAUAAUCAAUUUCAUACGCCUUGUUCAUUUUCGCAACAUGAUAAUCAAUUAAUUGUUGUCGAAGCAAAUUCAAAUGUUGGUCUUUAUGGAUUACAGGAAGUUUUUAUUGAACAAUGUUAUCCUAAUCUAUAUCUACAAUCAUUACUUUAUACAAAUAAUGAUGAUCCAAAUUUAACAUUAUUACCAUUCGAAGAUUCACAAUCAUCAUUAGAUUGGAUUCGUGUUAAACAAUUGAAUGAUACAACAAUGAAUUAUGAAUUGAAAUUAAUAUUAAAACUUAUAACAAUGUUGUUCAGACAAAAUGGAACAUUAUCUGGAUUAGAUCUUUCGGAAUUAUUAUAUGAGCUUGUACAACCAAACAAUGGUGAUGAUUCGGAAAAAUUAUCACAAUCAGGCGGUAGUGAAGUAGUGACCAAAGACUAUUAUCGUGAUUUAUUAUCACAUCUUCGACAAUUAUUGAUGCGUGGUCAACGUCGUGUAGCGAUUACAUUUGCUCAGAAUAAUGGUCUUUUUGAUCAUGCAAUGGCUCUUUCAUAUCUAUUUUCAUUUCUAUCUUCAUCAUUGAAUACAACAGCAAGCACAAAUCUUGGCCAAGUUAUUGAUAAUAAUUUAAUGAUUUCAACAAUUAAGAAAUUUAUUACCAGUACUUUGUCAACAGAUGAUCCACUCUAUGUAUUCUAUACUCAUCUUUUACAAAUUGCGUCAAAUAUUCUAAAUUCGGUUACAUUAGAAAAUGGUGGUAUGAUUCCAUCAUCGGGUUCUGGAACAACAGCAAGUGCCAAGAUUGAUAGAUUAGAAUCAUUUAUCAUAUUAUUGGCUAAUGAUAUUAAAUUCGAUAAGGUUGAAAUCGCUGAUAAAUCUUAUCGUAAUUUAAUUGAUCUAAUGAUUGCAUUGUUAAAAGAUGAUUUUAAUUAUGUUCUACCUGAUGAAUUAUUUAAUAAUGAUCGAUUUGAUUGUUUACUUGUCAACGAAUGUCUUGAAUUUGCUCGUUUCCGUGGUGAACGAUUAAAUCCAAAACUAAUGUUAAGAAAAUUGGAAUUUGCUUUUGAAUUAUUUGAUUUUGGUUUCACACGAAAUGCAUUACGUUAUUUGACGAAAAUUGCCGAUAAACUUAAAGAUCCUAAAUUUGAAUGGAAAAUGUUGAUCGAUAAAAAAUCAAAAUAUUCAAAAUGGCUACUACCAGAUUCAAUUAUGAAUAGUGAAGAUGAACAAUUAGAUUCGAAAUUAUUGAAAAAUAUUUGGGCAUAUCAGUUCUCGAAAAUUUUCACUCGAAUGGAUAAAGAAUUGCAACUAUUUGAUUCGCCAUUAUUUGCUGUUGAACAAAAAGAAGUGCCGAAAAAUGAUGACAAAAAUGAUGAUCAACAACAUAAUGAUGAUGAUGUUGAAGCCGAUGAUGCUGAUGUAACAUGCGAAGAAGAUGAAGAUCGUACCGAUGUUGUUGAAGAUAUUGAAGAUGAAGAAAUCGAUGUCGAAUUGGAUACAUCCGAAUCAUCUUUUUCAAAACCCGAGCCACACAAUCAAUCAAUAUCGACUUCGUUAUCAUCAAAUCAACAAGAUAAUUACAAACAACAUAAUCAGCGUCAAUCUCCACAACAAAAUAUUGAUGAUAGACGUCAUUCAACAAUGAUGAUGUCUACAUUGUCUACUAAUCAUACACCGGUGCAGGAUAAAUCUUUAAAUGUAUCGUCGAUUGAACCAGUAACAGUAAAUCAAAACAAUAUGAUUACUGAUAAUCAAAGUAUGCAACAGAAUAAUAUUAAUCAUCAAAAUUCUGAAUUAAAUUAUCAUUUAUCUUCAUUAGAUUCAUUACCAAUCAAACCGGCAAAAUCCCUUCCGCCACAAGGAUUCAUGCAACAAGGAGCUAGACGUAGUUUACCGACGAUAGCCAAUCAUACAUUUCCACGUACAUUGAAUCCUAUUAUGGAAAUACCACAAACGAAUCAUAUGCCUUCAGCUACCGAAUCUACAACAACUAUUCAUCAGCAAAAAAGUUUCGAUUCAUUGGAUUCAUCAUCGCCACCAUCAUCACCAAAUGAUAAUUUUAAUAUGAAACCGAUGCAAUCAGCGUUGCCUUCUUCGUUUCAAAACAAUGAGGAUUUGACUGGACAAAAAUCAGAUAAUCAUCAUACAGAAAAUACUGAAAAUAUUGGUUCUAAUAAUUCAUAUUCAAAUUUUUUUCAACCACCACCAACAUCAUCGAAUGAUACAACAGCACCAUUCGAUUUUAUUUCGACCAAUGGACAUGUUACAUCGAUACCAACAUAUGAUCCAUAUUUUAACACUAAUGAAUCAACAUUGAAUGAUCAAACUUCAUCAAAUGGUCUUGUUGAUCAUAAAAAUAAUGAAUUUCUACAAAAUGCUAAUACGAUACCGCCUUCUGUGAAUAAUAAUGUAAAUGAAACAAUGAAAAAACCAGAGAUAAAUAGCAAUAAUAAUAAUAACAAUAAUGGUGGAGAAUCGGCCAAAACAUCUCCAAGUAAAUCGAAUAAUGGUGGUUUGCUUGGUGCUAUUUUAGGACGAUUAAAACCUAAAAACCAAAUGAUAUUGCCGGAUGAUAAAGAUCCGCAGAUAAUUUUUGACCCAGUUAGUAAAAGAUGGAUUGAUAAAUCGGCAAAUGAUCAAGGUGGUAUGGGAACUGGUGGGCUACCUCCUCCUCCAAAAAUUCCAAUUCCUGGUGGUAAUACAAGUGGUGGUCAAAGUGAACCAAAUUCUGCAAUAACAUCGCCAACAUCAAUGAAUAAUUUUCCACAUUCAUCUACAUUACCAUCGUUACAGCAAUCGAAUACAAAUAAAAAUAGCAAUGAUAUACCGCCAAUGAUGAUGAUGAAUGGUGUUAAUCCAUUUGGAGCUGCAUCAUUACCGCCCGCAUCGUCAACGACUGGAUCAACAAAUAAUGCCUUUCGUACUGAUUUACGUCGAAAACGAUAUGUGGAUGUAUUUAAUCCUUCAAAAUAGUCAAUUAUAUUUUGAAGUUGUGAAAACAAUCUUGGUCAUUAAUUUUAAAUGUUUUUUUGUUUUGUUUCCAAUUGUGAUUAUUUUUCAAUUAUUUUUUAUGAAAAAAAAA